AUCGGCCCCAGUCAUGAUCGUGGGAACGACCCGAGCCAGAAUGCUUGAUUGCACGACAGCUGUGGACGAACCUUAUUGACCUUCUCCUUCUCAAUAAGUACAAGUGAGUGCCUUCUAGCUCAGAUAGCUUCAAGGUGCCUUAUCCACCUUCUAAGUCCUGUGUCCACAUCGUCCGUCCGUCUCACACUCGCCAAGUACCUCCAGGGCUACUUAACACACGACACGACGCCUUCGUGACAACUGUGGUCGUCUCUGACUAUAGCCGGCCGACGAAAUGGCCAUCUUCGCCCUCGCUGUUUUGGCGUCUCUCGCUGCCUCGCCUCUCGUCACCGCAAAUACUGGUGCCUCCAUCUUCAACACGAGGGCAACAUGCUCGGGAUCAGUCAAGAGCUGCUCAACGGCAGCUAGCUCGGCGGACGCUUGCUGCGUGAACAAGCCAGGCGGCCAGUUCCUGCAGACCCAGUUCUGGGACACCGAUCCAGUCACUGGUCCAUCCAAUUCAUGGACCAUUCACGGUCUGUGGCCAGACAAUUGCGAUGGCACAUUUGACUCGAGCUGUGAUUCUAGCCGAGCAUACACAAACCUGACGGCGCUCAUCAAGACCUACGGCAGCCAAUCGCUCUUAGAUUACAUGAACCAAUACUGGCUCAGUGAUUCAGAGAGCCCGGAGGCAUUCUGGGAGCACGAGUGGUCCAAGCACGGCACUUGUAUCUCAACCAUCGAGCCUAGCUGCUACUCGGGCUACCAGACCGGAGAGGAAGCCGUUGACUUCUUCAAGAUCGUCGUCAACCUAUUCAAGUCACUGGACACUUAUACUGUCCUGUCAAAAGCCGGCAUCGUUCCGUCCAACACGGCGACCUACACCUCCAGCCAGAUCAUCAAGGCAAUCUCCGCAUCCUUUGGUCAGGACCCCGUGAUCCUCUGCAACAGCAACACCCUCUACCAGAUCUAUUACGGUUUCUUCACCAACGGACCCUUGGCUGACAACGCCUUUGUCCCUGCCGCUGUCACCGGCCAGUCCUCAAGCUGUCCCAGCACCGGCAUCAAGUACCCGCUCAAAUCUGGCGCCUCGCCGACCUCCUCGACCAAGACCAGCACCGCGACCGCCACGACUGCUGCUCCGACUGCCACCGGGACCUCCGUGACUGGGUCCGGCUACUGGAAUGCCCAGUACAACGGCAACGCGGACGGGUGCUUGAUCAGCUCGGGCACCUGGUAUGUCGGCGGAACGUGCGCCACGUACAAGACCACCGCAACCAGCGGCGGCUUUACUAUGACCUCGUCCAAGGGCAACUGCGGCGUCGUCAGCGGGGCCAUCAGCUGUGGGAGCGGCGUCGCCUUGAGCACCUUCUCUGUGGCCGGCGGCUUGCUGGCAUAUAACGGGCAGACAAAGUUCUACGCCAGCGCCGUUCCCUCAGGUUCCACGCAAGCCAGCGUCUAUACCGCAUCGAACACGUAUUCGGUCACAUUUCAGUGGCAGUCUGUAUGAGAGUUGAUCUAAGAGUGAUACCUCGAGGCUCAUGACUGGACGGGGCUCAGGGUUGCCAUUGGCUUGCAAGGUUCAGCUAGACAUGUAGCCAGCUCACCUUGCAUGUACCCAAUAGGCAAUUAUGUACCGAGCGUCGAUGUGCUAGAGUGAUAAUGGACAAUAAAGUGAAUCGCAUGCGUUCUGAAUUGCCUGGCCAACAGCAGCGUAGACUCUUCCAAUACUAGCGACUUGUAUCCAGUUUCCUGUCACGGCCAGUCGGAGUCAGAGACCGGGAUAUAACGUCACGUAUGCUGCGA